AUGGGCGCCACAUGCUGUGCUGAUGGCCGGGGCUGGGCUGUGCUCCUGCAGCCGCUGGAGCCCAGGCUCACUUAUCCACCUUUGCCAUUCCAUGCACAUCUACUUGUGGAUAUUUACACGGGGGAUGAUAUGCUUUUGGAAGAACUGAAAAGAUUACAGAAUCCUUUAGAACAAGUUGAUGAUGGAAAAUAUUUGCUUGAGAAUCACCAGCUGUCCAUGGAUGUGGAGAAUAACAUUGAGAAUUACCCUCUCAGCCUACAGCCCUUGGAAUCAAAGGUGAAAAUCAUUCAGCGAGCAUGGCGAGAAUACUUGCAGAGGCAGGACCCCCUGGAGAAGAGGAGCCCAUCCCCACCUUCUGUCUCUUCAGACAAGCUGAGCAGCUCCGUCAGCAUGAACACCUUCUCCGACAGCAGCUCACCCGUGAGUGUCCGGCCGCUCGCCUGGACUGGCUUGCACUGCGUAUGGAUAGCCCGGGCUCUGGUUCCAAGAAAAGAUCUUGAGGUGGUUUGUGAUGGUGGUGUGUAG